AUGUUUAUAUGCCUACUUUUCCAGAUUCAUAUUGCUGGUCGGCCACCUGACAAUGAGAAAAGUCCUAUCGAGUCAUCGUUUCAUGGUUGCUUGGCUAGAGUGGAAUUAAAUAAAGUGAACAUUUUGGCAAAAGUGCCUAUGGAAAUUCUGCAAGACUGCCAAAUGCCAAAACCUCAGCUGAUGACAAUAUAUCCAGGAGCUUUUGCGGAAAUUCGUUACACAUUCUUACCAUUUCAAAUUGAAUUUCGAAUACUGCCUGUGCCGUCUACAGUGCUAGUCUUGAAGGAUGCUCGAAACCAUCCACUUGUACAUAUUUCACUCAAUGAAAAGGGUUUACUGAUACUUUCUGCUGAAUCAAUUCCGCAAGAACAAGUUUCAAAUCCAGAGAUAAAUGUUGCUGACGGGUCAUGGCAUUCUCUUUCCGUAAUGAUACGAGGCAGCACUUUUUAUGUUGACGUCGAUCUUCAACGAGUCUUGUGGAUAGAAGGAUAUAUUGUAAAACAUAUAAGUCGAGAGCUUUCUCUGUUUCAUAUAGCAGCCAUAGGGUGUUACAGAUCAGCAACUAUUGAUUUUAGUUCUGCACGUACCCUAGGCAGCGUUCCUCGAGAUAAAUGUGCCUUUGUAAGCAGAUGCUCACCAAACCCGUGUAGGAACGGCGGACGCUGUGAACAAACUUCUCUAUCCGAAUUUUCAUGUAUUUGCGCGAAGAACUAUUACGGGAGGCUGUGUCAUGCUUCUCGAUUUCGACAUUCAUGUGAAGAGUAUUUCACACUGGCUCCAAAAAGAGCUUCCAGUAAUAUAACUCUGGAUUUGGAUGGUGGCCAUCCACUUGAUGCCUUUUCCGCGGAGUGCGAACGAUUGUCGAACGAUGGUGUCGAAGAAAUUGUCACAUCACUAUAUCAUGAUCUUGAUACAAACGGUGUUUCUAUUUCCGGCACUACUGAACCUGGGAACAUUCGGAAGAAUUUAAAUUAUCAUUUAAAACUUCCAGCAUUAGAUCGUUUUGUUGAUGGAUUCGAAAACUGCAAACAGUAUAUGCGUUUUGAAUGUAUGGGUGGGACGAAGCUGAUGAUGUAUGGCGACGAAAAACGUCCGUCGUCUUGGUAUAGUAUUCGAAAUGGCCAACAUGGUCUACAGUGGGGUGACGCUCCUCCAUUUUCAGGAAUGUGUUCAUGCGCGUUAAAUGCAUCAGCUACAUGUUUGAGGAACGGGCUCUGUAACUGUGACAGUGGCGAGAACGCGGUAGAUGAAGGUUACAACACACAUGCGUUGCUUCUUCCAGUUAUGUCACUCUACCUUGGCGGUACUUCUCCAACUUCGUCAUUGAAUGUUUCUAUUGGACCGCUGAGGUGCUGGAACAGAGCUGUGGAUGUACCGUUGGCAUUUUACGACCGAGACGCUAGUUUGCAAGGUGAAGAGUAUUUUAAUGGAGUUGUUUUUGACGUUUCAAUGGUAGUGCGUUUCUCGUACCCACAGUUAACAAUAUUCACUUGGGAGUCUGAAAAUCAACAGCGUUGGUUUGUGCUCUACGUAAUAAAUGGACAACUUGUGGGUCAGCUGAUGAAUGGUGGAACUACAUUUGAGAUUGUUUUUCCAAAGUAUCUAAAUGAUAGCCAGUGGCAUUUCGUUUACUGGGAAGUAAACUCACAAGGUAUUAUGCUGUCAGUGGACGGAAAAGAAGUUGCAGACGAGCAGUCGAUUAUUAUGCCACAGUUGUCGCGAUGGGUGAUAGGUGGAUCUCGAACCAGCAGUGGACUAUCUGGUUUUGCGGGUGCAAUUAAAAGUGUUCACUUAUGUGGCAAAGAGUUGGUUCUUAAACAGCACUUGCAAAAACAACCCAAUGUAAAAUUUUGUUGGUGCAUUAUUUCGUUAAAAAACUUUCAGGGUAUUAAAAUUGGCGAUGUUGGAGCAUGCGAACCAGGUGCUUGUGUCAAUGGUGGAGUGUGCAUUGACUAUUUUGAUAACUUUAGAUGCAAUUGCUCUGAUUUGCCUUUCGGUGGCGAAAGAUGUGAACAAGGUGAGAAGCAGUAUUCGAACGUCGGGAUGUCCGUGAAGAAUGGAACCGAACUCUCAAUAUUGUGGCAGCAUCCUGAUCACCUAGCUCCGUGCUUCAGAAUAGCAGUCGUUUCGCAGUCGAUAGGAUAUUCUUUAAUCCGUGCUAAAGCUCAUUUCUCUGAGGCUCAACUUAACCUCACGGUUAAUGAAGAAGGAUUGUUAGAAGUAUCAGCUUUUGAUGGAACUGGAGCUCAUUUCAAGCAGUCUAACCAACAUUUAAGGCUCAAUCUCUACCAAAUAGCUGAUGUACAAUUUUGUGGAACAGCAAAGGGAUUCAAACUACAUAUAAAUGGCGAAAAGGCAAUCACCUCAAGCGGCAAUUGGAGUUUUUUUGAUUCUCUUAAUGUCUGGAAGUUUUUGGAUGAUGUCAUUGGAAUUCUAGCUUAUUUUUGCCUGCACUAUUUAGUAGGAAAAGUGCAUUUAGGUUUUGAGGGUUGCGUAAUGCGGAUGCAAGUUGGAAAAGGAUUCCCAUUAAAAGAUCCUUCUUCUACUCGGUUGAUACAUACGGAAAAAAUCCGUCAAGGAACAUGUCCGUUUGACCACGAGUUAGUUACUCAUACAUCAAAGUUACUACUGCUUCUUUUACUGAGAACUAUUGUUGGAAUUAUUGCUGGAUCAACAGUAUUUUUGUUGGUGCUCAUUAUCGUCUGUUGGAUUCGAAAUCGUCCAGAUGGAGUUUAUAAAACCAACGAAAAUAUCCAUGCAUAUUGCAGUCCAAGCAGAUCUGAAGAACCACUGGUUGCUAAUAGCAAUAAUAAUGCUAUAGUAAACAGAGAAUACUUUUGUUAA